AUGUCGGCGUUCUUCCUCUCUCUGCUCUCUCUGACAGCAUUAGUCCAAAGCUCUCCCAUUCUCUCAGUGAAAACGGUGAAAACAUGUCAAGAGUACAAUAUUCCUCUUAAUCUGACCACUCUGAACCUUAAGUGGGCACUCGAUCCGCUCGAGACCAACGAAGAUGCCGCGGCAUACAGCAUUCAGGGGCAACGACGUGAUGCCAUGACCGUUUUCCAGCCAGUCACGCCUCCUACUGCUCCCGAGACCGCUGUCUACACGGUAGCCGGUACCUUCUGUCAGCCAGCCAGUGGAGGAAAUGGAACGGUCCUGCUAGCUACCCACGGCGGAGGAUACGACAGAUACUACUGGGAUCCCUCCAUUCAACCGGAGAACUACAGCUUCGUGGACUAUGCCGUGGCACGAGGCUAUUCGAUCUUCUAUUAUGACAGAGUAGGUCUCGGCGAGUCCCAGAGCGUCUCUGGCUAUGUCGCGCAGACUUCGAUACACACGGCUGUCGUCAAGGAACUUGUCAAGGUUAUCCGCAGCGGUAAAUUUGGGCAUCCUCCCAGCAAGGUCGCGCUUGUGGGCCAUAGUCUUGGAAGCGCGUACUCGAAUGGCGUCCUGAAUAGCGAUCCGGAUUUGGUGGAUGCAGCGGUCCUCACGGGCUUCGCCUACAACGUCGUUCCUCCUUCAGGAGGCACUACGCUGCUCGCGAAGCUAGAAGAUCCCUUCAGAUUUGGAAGCUUAGACGGUGGUUGGACAACCUGGGCCGACGUCUACUCCAAUAUCCAGAGCUUCUUCAAACCUCCCUUCUAUGAUCGAAAGGUGGUGCAAUGGACCGAGGACAACAAACAACCGACCGGCCUAUUGGAAGGAAUCAGUAUUGGAGCGGCCAACUUUUCUUCUCCCGGGUUCACCGGCCCUGUCUUGAUUCUGAGCGGCGAGUAUGACUUGAUUGCCUGCGGAGGCUACUGUCCGGGAUUCCUCGAAACAGGCCCGAGUCAAGUCUUCCCUGCGGCCAAGCCUCUUGUCACCUAUAUCCAACCCAAGAGUGGGCACGCUGUGAAUUUUGCUUUGAAUGCUACGGGGUCGUUCGAUGUUAUUACGAAAUUUCUAAAGCAAAACGGCAUCUAG